CCCAGUAUGCACCGUUUGCUCCUGGUACCUAAACACAUUGUUAAACGCCGCUUGAUAACGUUCGUGAAUUACAGCAUUGUUAUUAACUGAUGCUCGUAAGGAACAGUGACCUGUGAACACCUGCUUUCACACAAGAUCUUUGUUUUUUUCUGCUGGAUGAUCUGAACAGAGCGGGCUGUUGUCAUGACAACAGACGAGGCCGAGAGUCACCAGAAGAAGCCAGGGCAGCAGGAGGAAGCCAGCCAGGACGCCGGGCCGCCCUCGCCGGAGGAGGAGCAGCUCCGUCCUCGCAACCGCAACUCUGCCGGCCGCGGCCUUUCCCGCCUCUUCUCCUCCUUCCUGAAAAGGCGCUCACAGUGUGAGAGUGAGGGAGGAGGGAAGGAGGACAAGGAAGAAGAAGAAGAAGAAGCUAAAGCCCCGAUCGCAGAUCCUGAACCUGAACUGAGGACAGAGGGAGAGGUCGCCCUGGAUCAGCACUCAGUAAGCAGUGCUGAGGCUGAGGCUGUCCAGGUAGACAAGAAAGAAGCUGAGGAGGAGGGUGGAAAGGCCGAAGAAGACAAGAAGGAGAAAGGAGAGGAGGCUGCCCUGGAGAAGGAGGAGGACAAAGAGAAGGAGGAGGAGAGGGAAUCUGCUCCUGAAGGAGGCAGUAAGGGAGAGAAGGAGGAGAAGACGACAGAGGAAGAGGCCAAAGCUCCUAGAGCUCCACGCCGACCCAAGACCAUGCAGAUCAAAGUCACCCUGCUAGACGACACUCUGUAUGAGUGUGAGCUGGAUAAACAUGCCACAGGCCAGGAGCUGUUCAUGAAGGUGUGUGACCACCUCAACUUGCUGGAGAAAGACUACUACGGCCUGGCCAUCUGGGAGACACCUACCAUGAAGACUUGGAUGGACCUGACCAAGGAGAUCCGCAGGCAGGUACAAGGUGCCAACUACAGUUUCACCUUCAAUGUGAAAUUCUACCCACCGGACCCAGCCCAGCUGUCUGAAGACAUAACAAGGUACUACCUGUGUCUCCAGCUGCGGAAGGACAUCCUGCAGGGCCGCCUUCCCUGUUCCUUUGUAACUCUGGCCCUGCUGGGUUCCUACGCCCUGCAGUCAGAGCUGGGCGAAUAUGACCCUGAGGUGCACAGCAAUGACUACGCUAAGGAUAUGAAAAUGGCCCAGGGUCAGACCAAGGAGCUGGAGGACAAAAUGAUGGAGCUGCACCAUACAUACAGGUCCAUGAGUCCAGCCCAGGCAGACCUGAUGUUCCUGGAAAAUGCCAAGAAACUUUCCAUGUAUGGAGUGGACCUCCACCAGGCCAAGGAUCUAGAUGGUGUUGACAUCAUGCUGGGGGUUUGUGCCAGUGGUCUGAUGGUUUACAAAGACAAACUGAGGAUCAACCGUUUCCCUUGGCCCAAAGUCCUCAAGGUCUCAUACAAACGCAGCAGCUUCUUCAUCAAAAUAAGACCAUCUGAGGUGGAGCAGUAUGAGAGUGCAAUUGGCUUCAAACUACCCAAUUACAAGGCAGCCAAGAAGCUGUGGAAAGUGUGUGUAGAACAUCACACCUUCUUUAGGCUGACCUCCACUGAGAUGGCCACCACUCCAAGGAAGUUCCUAGCACUGGGCUCCAAGUUUCGCUACAGUGGUCGGACUCAGGCUCAGACCAGACAGGCGAGCUCUCUGAUCGACAGACCAGCUCCUCUGUUCCAGCGCUCCUCCAGCAAGAGGAACUCACGCAGCCUGGAUGGAGCCAUGGCAUCCACUCCUGACAAUAAAUCCACUCGUCCAGUCAGCGCCCCUGUAAUGUCACCAGUGUCUCCAGGGGAAGCAACCCCGUCACCGCUGCUACCCACUCUGCCUCGCUCUGACCAUCAUGAUGGCUGCACACCUAAAGGUCAUCGCUCUGCAGACAGGAAGGCAGAGGUAAAGAGGGAAAGUCAGCCAGCUGGGUACACCAAGAGCCACAGUCCGAGACCCGAGUCGACUCCUGAAAUCAAGACAGUGGCAAGGAGAGAGCGGAGGCGCUCCCCCUCUGUGACCACCGGCAGUGGGGAAAGAGAAAGAGAGAAAAAGAGCCAGCACUCUCCUCAGGACAAAACAAAGAUGGAGAUGGUGCGAGUGAGGAAGAAAAGAGCUAAGAAACUUGAGGGUGAAACUAUUUAUAUCAGGCAUAGCAAUUUAAUGUUGGAGGACCUGGAUAAGACCCAAACUGAGAUCAUGCGUCACCACACUAGCAUCAGUGAGCUGAAGAGAAGUUUCAUGGAGUCUGUACCGGAGCCUCGGCCCAGUGAGUGGGACAAGCGUCUUUCCACCAAUUCACCUUUUCGUACAGCAAGCAUCAAUGGCCAGCUCCAACCAGCGUCUCCGGUGCUAAAGACCCAGACAAUCACCAUCUCAGAUGUCACCAACUCCCUGAGAGGAACUGUGACCUACAAGGACAUGCCCCUAGUUCACACUGAGACCAAGACCAUUACAUACGAAUCAGCACAGCCGGUGGACAACCUGGCAGAGAGGGACUCAGGAGUGCUGCUGAGUGCCCAAACCAUCACCUCUGAGAAUCAGACCACCACAACCACCCAGAUCACCAAGACGGUGAAAGGAGGGAUCUCUGAGACUCGCAUUGAGAAGAGAAUCGUCAUCACUGGAGACACUGAAAUUGAUCAUGACAAGGCUUUGGCCCAGGCCAUUAAAGAAGCAAAAGAGCAGCACCCAGAUAUGUCUGUUACCAAAGUGGUUGUACACCAGGAAACAGAGAUCAGCCCAGAGUAAGAUAGACUGCGCUUUUGGAAGGUGAGUGCACACCCUGAACCCUCCUUCACCCAUCCCUUACCAUUCUGACUGGUCUGACUGAAACUCUGACACAAUCAUGCAGACAGAGGAAAACAGAUAGAAGAUCA